GGCCUCUGACGUUAGUUCACGAGAGCUCCAUGACGCAUGCGCGAGAACUAAACUGACGACGAUCUUCUUCUACUACUACUUGUUACUGGCUGCUCACUCCUUAGGAGUAUUACCGCCACCUAGUGUUCAAGAGGAAGUGCUGGCAUAGCCGGAAGCGCUAAACUUUGUUUACAAGCAGGUGAACGCGCGCGCGGUAGUUAAAACCAUUAUUUGUAAAUAUGUCGGCAGAUUUUGACGUAGAUGAAGACUUGAAUUUUUUUAACCAACCUUACUUAUUCGAACCUGAAUACACAGACAUUGAAAUGCAAGAGAUGGAAGAGGCUGCCGCUGCAACACAACCACAGUCUCAAGCUUCCGAAAGACAGAGAGCAUUGGAGAGCUGGUGGUGUAAAUGUAAUCAGUGUCAGGCGAUGCCAACUGAACAGGAGAGCAUGUGCUGCAUCGAUUGGGACCUUGUCAUGCCACAGCUUGAAAGUUUGGAUAACGCAGACAAUGGGACAAGUGUAUUUCGCUGUAUAACCGAGGAUCCCGGUUUUCCGCCCCUGCUAAGUCGAAGUGUUUUAGAAGUCUUUUUUAAUUUGCCUAAAGUGAACUGGAAGAGACGUCCGAGGCCAGAAGGACCGGCUGGCACUUUAUCUAUGGAUCAGUACAGACUGGUGGCAUACCGCGUGGUUCUCGAAUGGAUAUUGAAAGGUCAAAAACUUGGAAGACACAACAGGAAAGUUCUUCCAUCUUGUGUAGUGCAAGCUAUACGGGAAAGAUAUCCCUCUUCCUCGGGAGUAUAUGUUGGUUUCAAGGAUGCCGAAGAAGCUUUUAUGCUAAUGUAAAGAAAUUAAAAGCAAGUCAAUACACUAAUUUAUUUUGAUUUAUUUUAUUUUUUUUAAUAUUUACAUUUAACAUUUUUGUGUAUUGCUGAUAUACUUGUUAAAUAAAAAUGUUAAUAAAAAUAUAUUGUCUUUUGUUUGUAAUUUAGGUUUAAGGUUUACCAAACAGUUUUAGUUUAGAUGUUAAAGAGAAUUUUAGUCAGAGAGCUUUCUUUAUCACUGCAAUAGAUAUGCACAAUUUUUUAUUAUCAACAGUUUCAAACACUAUAUACAAUUUUUUCUAACCAAAAAAAAAAUAUAUAUAUAUAUAUAUGUAAAUAUGCAUCAUGAGAUAGCAUUUCACCAAAAGAAAAAUCU